AUGUCGUCCCAAGCGGCCAAAGCCGCCAGCAACGUGGUCAGCAUCGCCAAGAAGCAAACCCUCCAGUCGACGGGCAUCUGGGAGGCCCUCCGUCGCUUCAUGGCCAUCGACCCUGAGCGAUCCAACGGUGUCCCUCUGAACCCUCACUUCCGAAACCCUCCACCCGGCGCCAACCCUCCUCUCGAGUACGACGACCCCGUUACGCUGCCCGCCGGCGACAUCGCCGACAACCCCUACUGGAAGCGCGACAACCGCCGAAACUACCCCCAGCUCAGCGUCGUCAACCAAUCCCAGUUCGCCCAGCUCCUCACUGUCGGCAGCGCCGCGGCUCCCAAGGUCGAGCUCAUCGGUGAGGCUGGUGAGAAGCAGCUCGUGGCUGUCAAGCAGGAAUCCGAGACUGGUUUGGCAAAGGCUCUUGAGAAGGCGACCGAUGCGACCAAGGAUGUGUUCGUUAAUGGUAUGCCUCCUCUGCCCAGUGGCCAGACUUUGGCAACUGGAAAGUGGGAUGUACACAAGUAUGAGGUGACAGAGACAUCUUAUGGUGAAGGAUACCCUUGCAGAUCAUUCAAAUAA